AUGUUCCCCACGAAACCUGGAAAGGAGCAAUGCUUGAGCACAAGCUCACUGCCUGGAAGUUCAUGCAUCCUGAACCCAACCCUUUCUCUUUGUUUUAUCUCCACAUCAGAAUAUACCACCAGCAGUCCUGACUUGUUGUUAGUCAUAAUCCAAGUGACAGGCGUCAGCCUCCUACCACCACUAGGGAUCGCCAUAGCUGUCAUCGUCACCUUCUACUGCUACCGUGUUCACCGGCAGCAGAAGCUGAGUCCAUCCUGGGAAAGCAGCAAGCCUGGGAAGCUCAUGGACUUCAGUGAGCACUGUGCCAUCAUCCUGGAAGAUGACCGCUCUGAUAUCAGCUCCACAUGCGCCAACAACAUCAACCACAACACUGAGCUGCUGCCUAUCGAGCUGGACAUCCUGGUGGGGAAGGGGCGCUUCGCAGAGGUCUACAAGGCCAAGUUGAAACAGAACACGUCAGAGCAGUUUGAGACCGUGGCCGUCAAGAUCUUCCCCUAUGAGGAGUAUGCCUCCUGGAAAACAGAGAAGGAUAUCUUCUCGGACAUCAACCUAAAGCAUGAGAACAUUCUCCAGUUCCUGACAGCUGAGGAGCGGAAGACAGAGCUAGGGAAACAGUACUGGCUCAUCACUGCUUUCCAUGCCAAGGGUAACCUCCAGGAGUACCUCACACGGCACGUCAUCAGCUGGGAGGAUCUGCGCAAGCUGGGCAGCUCCCUGGCCUGGGGCAUUGCUCACCUCCACAGUGACCACACUCCGUGUGGGAGGCCCAAGAUGCCCAUCGUGCACAGGGACCUCAAGAGCUCCAAUAUCCUUGUGAAGAACGACCUUACCUGCUGCCUUUGUGACUUUGGGCUGUCCCUGCGUCUGGACCCUACUCUGUCUGUAGAUGACCUGGCUAACAGUGGGCAGGUGGGAACUGCAAGAUACAUGGCCCCAGAAGUUCUAGAAUCCAGGAUGAAUUUGGAGAAUGUUGAGUCCUUCAAGCAGACUGACGUGUACUCCAUGGCUCUGGUGCUCUGGGAAAUGACAUCUCGCUGUAAUGCAGUGGGAGUUAAUAAUGACAUGCUGGCCAGUGACAACAGUGGUGCGGUCAAGAUUCCACAACUGUGUAAAUUUUGUGACGUGAGAUCUUCCACCUGUGACAACCAGAAGUCCUGCAUGAGCAACUGCAGCAUCACGUCCAUCUGCGAGAAGCCACACGAAGUCUGUGUGGCCGUGUGGAGGAAGAAUGAUGAGAACAUAACACUAGAGACGGUUUGUCACGACCCCAAGCUCCCUUACCAUGGAUUUAUUCUGGAAGAUGUUACUUCUCCAAAGUGUAUUAUGAAGGAAAAAAAAGUGCCUGGUGAGACCUUAUUUAUAUGUGCCUGUAGUGCUGAAGAGUGCAAUGACCACAUCAUCUUCUCAGAAGGUGAGUUUUCUUCUGAGAGUCUGGGGCAGAUAUCCUGUCAGUUCCCUACAUCCCUGGUUGCAAUCCCACAGAGAAUGUCCUCCUGGGGCCAGUGAUGGAGAGGAAGUAUGUGCUCUAUAGGUGACAAACUCAUUGCCUUAGGAAGGUACUUAGGAAGUAGCAAAACUGGUACCUGCCCUAAGCAAAUCGGUUCCCCAGAGCCCACAUUAGAAUCUGUCCUUGACAAAUAAUCUCUUUCAUCCAGGGCAGUGGUUUUCAAAGUGCAGAGCCCAAAGCAGCAGUAACAGCAGCCCUGGGAAUCUGACAGAAGUGCAGAUUAUCUGGAGCCAUCCCACAGCACUGAAUCAGGGGCUUUGGGGCUGGGGCCCAGCAGUCUGUGUUUUAGUUUGAGUAUCACACUGGUCUAGAGAUUUAAUGGGACCAUUUGGUCCUGCAGGGGGACUGUCUUUAAAUUAAACUGAAGUGAUUUAAUGUGCAUAUUCCUGGGGUUUGUCUAAAAGGUCUCAUUUGAGAGAAGAACUGAAAUGCAGAGAGAAUACAAUGACCCAAUGUUACUCAAGAAGCCAGGGGAGACAGAUACUAGCUUCCAUCUUUGAAG